AGGAAGAAACUUCAACAGCAAUCGGGAAAUGGGGAGCUACAAUUACUACAAGAUGUUCGGUUGCUUCAACCGGAAAUUCAAGAUCAGCGAGAGGGAGCCUCCGCCGGAGGUUAGGGAUGUGUUCUCCCGAUACACCGAGAACGGUCCCCACAUGAACGCCGAUCAGAUGGCCAGGUUUCUGGUGGAGUACCAGGGGGAGGAAGGGUGCACCGCCGAGGAUGCCGCCCAAAUCAUACAACACAUUCACCACCGCCGCCGCCACCAUUUGCCCCAGCAUACCCACCACCCUUCCCCCGCCCGCUCUCUUGAUCUGGAAGAUUUCUUUGAUUUUCUAUUUCAAGAUGAUCUCAAUGGACCUCUCAAACCCCAGGUAUGGCAUGACAUGACUGCCCCAUUGCAACAUUACUUCAUAUAUACCGGUCACAACUCCUACCUGACAGGGAAUCAGCUCAGCAGUCAAUGCAGUGAGAUACCUAUUAUUAGAGCUCUUGAAAGAGGUGUGAGGGGUAUUGAAUUGGACUUGUGGCCUAAUUCUGCUAAAGACAAUAUUCAUGUUCUUCACGGAAGCUUUGGAGAUUUUCAGGACAUUAACGACUCCAGUGACUCUCAUCAAAUGUUUGAAAUCCAUUAAAAAGCAUGCUUUUGUGAAAUCUCCAUAUCCUGUUAUCAUUACUUUGGAAGAUCACUUGACGCCUGAACUUCAAGCCAAGGCUGCCGAGAUGUUGACUCAAGUGUUUGGGGAAAUGCUUUACUACCCUGAGUGUCAAUGUUUGGGAGAUUUGCCUUCGCCCGAAGAGUUAAAGCACCGUGUUGUUCUUUCUACUAAACCACCCAAAGAGUACCUUGAGUCAAGACACCAAAAUAAUGACAGAGAAAAUGCCUCUCCAAUUUGGAAAUAUUCGUCGGAAGAUGACUAUUCUUUGAAAGAGAUUUCAGAAAAUGGAGCCGAUGGGAGCGGUUCUGAUCAAGAUGAAGAGUUAAGCAAAGCAUCUACAUGCCAGCCCGACGCUUUAUUAAGGAAAGAGAUGCGCAGAAAUAGAGAUGAACCACAUGAUGAUGACCUGGGAAAAAUAAUUUAGAUGAGGAUGAUAAUAACAUUCAAUCGUCAAGAGCACUUGAGUACAAGCAUCUGAUUGCUAUACGCGCAGGAAAGGCAAAGCAAGGCUUGAAGCAUGCAUUAACAACACUACAAGAGAAAGUGAGGCGUCUUAGCUUGAACGAGCAAGAACUUGAGAAGGCAGUAGGGCUGUACGGCACUGAUGUUGUCAGGUUUACGCAAAAACAUAUUCUGAGGGUGUAUCCAAAGGGAACACGUGUGACAUCAUCAAACUUCGACCCGAUGCUUGGGUGGAUGCAUGGAGCUCAGAUGGUUGCAUUCAACAUGCAGGGAUAUGGGAAGUCGCUGUGGUUGAUGCAUGGGAUGUUCAGAUCAAAUGGAGGUUGUGGCUAUGUGAAGAAGCCUCAGUUCCUCUUGGAAAGAUGUCCGGACGGCGAGGUUUUUGAUCCCAAAGCAACCUUAACAGUGAAGUUGACAUUAAAGGUGAGUGUUUACUUAGGGGAUGGAUGGAGGCUAGAUUUCAGCCACACUCAUUUUGAUUCCUACUCCCCGCCAGACUUCUACACUAAGGUACAUAUGGUAGGAGUGGGGGCGGACUGCGGGAAGAGAAAGACGAGAGUCAUAGAGGACGAGUGGGGCCCCAACUGGGGGGGAGAAGAGUUUGAGUUCCCGCUGACAGUUGCAGAGGUGGCACUGCUCAGGAUCGAGGUGCGGGAGUACGACAUGUCCGAGAAAGACGACUUUGGAGGGCAGACCUGUCUGCCCGUCUCUGAGAUCCGGCCCGGGAUCCGCUCCGUUCCUCUCCACGACAAGAAAGGAGAGAAGCUGAAAUCUGUGAGGCUGCUCAUGCGCUUUCAGUUCUAAUUCUAGCUCUCCCUGAUCACUCACUGUAAAUAUAUAUGGGAUUGUACGUACGUAUGUACUUCUGUAUAUAGAUAGCAUUGUUGUACUUGCUGCUGCAAUCUCCGAGUUAUUGCACAAUUUUAAAACUGUCUAAGACAUGUUCUCAUUAUACUUGUGGAUUAGUAAGUAUGCUUAAAUAAUCCUAGCUUAUACGG